CCUGAAUAUGGAUUCUUGGGUGUUUCUGAAAAGAUCCAACUCUUUCGGCACAAUCUUAACUCAGAAAAUGUCCUUGAGCGUCUUCUACCUGUCAACCCUGUUACCGAAGGGGACCUAAUUGAAGUUGUUUUGCCAGCUUCUGUAUCCCUUGACUUCUCUAUUCGGCCUCACAUCCUCUUGGUCCACUCCUAUAAAUCUCCAGCCUUUUGUGACUACUGUGGAGAAAUGUUGUUUGGCUUGGUGAGACAAGGCCUAAAAUGCCAAGGAUGUGGACUGAAUUAUCAUAAGCGCUGUGCCUUUAAGAUACCCAAUAACUGCAGAGGUGUUAAAAGAAGUCACUUGUCCAGCCGCUCAUUCACUGGAGCAAGUUCUAUCACCAAGCCUAGAUCAGUGACUUUGCCAACUGGAGGAAGCCUGGAGGACCUAGGAGGGCACAACUCU